AUGUCUGCCGCCGACGAUGGCAUUAAAGCACAAACUACCAUCAUCCCAGAAAAUGAAUCGAUUAUAGAAAAAUUGGGCAAAUCACCUUAUCCAGCAUGGAUAAUGUCCGGAUUAUGUUUAAGCUCAAUACCAGUAGCAGCCAAAAGCACAUUAGGAAUGCCAUCAGUGUUUCAAUGUAGUGCAUUUGGUUUGAUUUUUGCUGGUGCGGGUGAUUUUAAAGAUAUAUGA